UAGGUGGACUUUUCAUUGUUUGAGUGAUUUAAAAUUCAUUUCUGUUCUCUCUCUUCUUUUAAACCAGAGAGAUGUUGAUGCAGAGCUGAACCUCAGGUGUUUUCCCUCAGACAUAAAGUCUUAAAUAGAAACAUGCUAAUUACAAAGAGCUGUUUCCAGGGGUGAGAAUCACAGCAAUUCAGAAAUCUGUUUGUUAUGCUCACAGUACACCAGCAGGUGUCAGCAGAUAGCCUCUCGCCCUCCUCUCAGCUGGAUGGCUUACCAUCCUGUUUCAGUCGUGAAACAUUGCUUCACAUCAAAUAUUUUCAUCAAAUCAAACUUCUUCAUCUCAAACAAUACAGCAACAUGACGUUCUACAGAUGGUGAGUGGCUUUAUUUUCUCCUUUUUCAUUUCAUCACAGCAUGAGGUUUUGUCUAACUCUAUUAGACUCUUGACAUCUAUAUGAAAGUGUCUUGCAGGUUACUUAAAAGGAAUCCACAUUGUAUUUCACACAUUAAUUCAUAUUGUUCCUGCUUUUUGUUUUGGCUGCUUGUGAUGUUUUUUACUGAGCAAAAUGCAUAACUUUACACAUUUGCUCAAUAUAUUGAUAUAUAUUUGGUAUCUCCACAAAAACUUAAACGUUCAGUUGGACUAAUGCAGAAAGAGGUUGAAGUUAAAUGAUUACAAUUGUAUAGAGGUCCUGAGAGCUCAAGAAAAUAUAGGCAGAUGACAAAAUACAUUCAAAAAGUGAACAAAAUGAAGCCAAAUAAAGAAAGACUGCGAGUGUCACAGACAGCACGAGAAACUUUUCAGGGCAAAUCAAAGAGUGAUGAGCUCUUCAUAAGCCUCAAAGCAGCAGCCUGAAUCAGACAAACUUAUAGUCUUUGUAAUUUUAUACUAAAACCUGUUUUCAUUCACACUGCUGCUUGUUAACUAAACUUUGAAUGACUCAACGCACUGAUGCUGGUGGUGCAAAGGAAACUGAAUCUAUGAGCUUUAAUUGUGGCAGCCUGCCUGCUGUUGUGUAACAAUUGCUUCACUGAUUUGUCACUGGUCUCUGGGGAACCUGAUCGUGUCCCUUUGGCCUCCAGUCCAGUGAGGCCACUUCCUGAGGCAGAAAUUUAUGAGGUUACUCAGAGAGUUGUGGUGGUAUUUCUGGAGCCUGCCGGCCUAUUGGUCUGAAGUGCUCUGCUACCAUAAAGAGGGCUGACUUUCCUGCUGAGCGAGCACUUCACACCCUAUAUACCCUGUUUAAUCUCUACUGUUAGGACUUGGCCGUGUCUCCCCCUUCUUCGUCUUCCUCCUCCUCGUCACAUUCAGUAGGCUGUGAAGAAGAUCACAAACCAGAAAAAUGUCUGAGGGAAAGAAAAUGACAUCCAGCCGCAGGCAUCAUCUGAAGAGUUUGAUGCUUCAGAUUGCUGCCAACUGGAUCGAGCAGGAGAAGAAGGACAUCGAGGCAGCAAAGGAGGCCUACAUGGCUGAGAACUGCCCUGCCCCUGACCUCAGUGGAGACCAGGCCGCCCUCAUGGAAAUCUGUAAGAAGCUCCAUGCUGCCAUUGACAAGAUUGACGAGGUGAGAUACGACGCUGAGGCCAAAGUGCAGAAGGCAGACAAAGAGAUUGAGGAUCUGAAGCUGAAGGUGGUUGAGCUGGCCGGAGUGAAGAAACCAGCACUGAAGAAAGUGCGUAUGUCAGCGGACGCCAUGCUGCAGGCUCUGCUGGGAGGAAAGCACAAGGUGACCAUGGACCUGAGAGCCAACCUGAAGCAGGUCAAGAAGGAGGUCAAAGAGGAGUCAACAGAGGCGGUGGGCGACUGGCGUAAAAACAUUGAGGAUAAGGCUGACAGGAAGAAGAUGUUUGAGACUUCCUAAAACCUUCCUGAAGUGACGAGGACAAAAGCAGGAGGGACUGAGGUCUGAGAGACUGAAUGGGUCUCACACAGGGAUAAGAGUUUAGACUUUUUUAUUUUCUUUGCUUGUUUUUGUGAUACCGUCAGUGCCAUGAGCAACUGAACAGAGACAAAGAAAUGUCAUCAUUACGUCUGAAACAGUCAGCCUGUACAGGUUUCCAUGGAGCAAUUAGAAAUAAAUGUUUCAAAAUGAGGACAAAAUUGUUUGUUACAUUUAUCUGCACAUUAUUUAUUAUUAUUGUUUUUCUCAUAUCGCACAAACUGAAUGAUGAAUUUCACAUUUCAAAAACUUCAUUUUCAAAAACAAAGCUUUAGGAAAAACUAGUAUGUGGACACUGAGUCAGAUUUUUCAGUAUCAGGUUAAAAGAAGAUGACUGAUGUCUCAGGAAAUCAGGAAUCAGACAGAUGUUUUACAUUUUGAUCAGAUCAGAACGAUCAUAUACACACACACACAUAUAUAUAUAUACAUAUACGUAUGUAAAUAUAUAUAUAUAUACUACCGUCUCUACAUUGUUUAACUUCUGCCAUGACUGUUAGGAUUGAAAUUUAUGCACAGGAAUAACAAAUGACUCUUGAUUUCAGAGAAUUUUCAAAACAGUUGAUCUGAGCUUUUAUAAAAAGGAGGCCUGCUUUGAGCGGUUCAAUCUAAGUGUUCUUUUACAUUAAAGAGGGGAACUUACGAAGACGAGACCAUUUCAAAUCUACUUAAAAACCCCUGAAGGUUAAAGAUGGUUUUCUCUACACACAGUGAAUCUGUUGAAGGCUUCAGAUCAACUCGAAGUUGACUCA